CUACAGCGACAGCACUAAUCGUGGUUGUUACUCUCACUUCAUACCCCUUCUACCCCCCUCAAUCCUUUCCAGUAUUCUCGAAUUCAACUACCGUCAACAUGGAAGUCCUUCUCGGCCUCACAGGCCGCGACUUCACAAUCAUCGCCGCCAGCAAAGCCGCCAUGCGCGGAGCCACGAUCCUCAAGUCUUCCGACGACAAGACCCGCCAACUCAACAAACAUACGCUUCUCGCGUUUUCCGGCGAACCAGGCGACACCAUCCAAUUCGCUGAGUACAUUCAAGCCAACGUCGCCCUGUACACCAUGCGCAACGAGGCCGACCUCAGUCCCAGUGCUGUCGCGAGCUUUGUCAGGGGUGAACUCGCCCGAUCACUGCGCAGCAGGAAGCCGUACAAUGUGAAUUUGCUGCUCGGUGGGAUGGAUCCGAUCACAAAGCAGCCAAGUCUGUAUUGGUUGGACUAUCUCGCCAGCAGUGCCAAAGUGCCCUAUGCCGCCCACGGAUAUGCUCAAUACUACUGCCUCUCCAUUCUCGACAAGCACCACCAUCCAGACAUCUCAUUUGAGCAAGGCAUGAAGAUUUUACGCAUGUGCACGGACGAGCUGCAGCGACGAUUACCCAUCGACUUUAAGGGGAUGACGGUCAAGGUGGUCAAGAAAGAUGGCAUUAUCGAUAUGGAAUACGACACGAGCAAGCAAGUAUUAGCUGCAUAGUCAAUGGCCCGGGUGGAAAAUGAAAACCAAAAGGAAACCAGUGCUAGAUACUGAUGUACACAUGCAUAGCGCGGCGUAACAAGGCAAAUCAAGGGGAUUGAAUGGGUCAUCAAGCCAAGUGAAUCAUAAAAUGGGUAUCAUUCGUGG